AUGGUGAAACGGCCCAAGACCGGCCAGCAGGUGUGCAAGGACUGCUUCUUCCGUCUGUUCGAGUCCGAGAUCCAUGCCACCAUCGUGGAAAACAGGCUUUUCAAGAGAGGCGAGAAGGUGGCAGUGGCUGCGUCAGGGGGAAAAGACUCCACCGUGCUGGCGCACAUCAUCUCCCUCCUCAACACACGCCACGACUACGGCCUGCAGUUGUUCCUGCUUUCCAUUGACGAGGGAAUUACAGGAUACAGGGAUGACUCACUGGAGACAGUCAAGCGGAACGAGAAGCAGUACGGCAUCCCCCUCACCAUCCUGUCUUACAAGGACCUGUACGGGUGGACCAUGGAUGAGAUAGUGGCAACGAUUGGCCGAAAGAACAACUGCACGUUCUGCGGGGUGUUCAGACGACAGGCUCUAGACAGAGGGGCGGCCCUCCUGGGAGCAGACAAGCUCGUGACAGGCCACAACGCAGAUGAUUUCGCAGAAACGGUGUUGCUGAAUCUAUUGAGAGGCGACGUGGCGAGGCUGAGUCGCUGUGCUGCCAUCACCACGGGAGAGGACUCUGCCCUGCCCAGGAGCAAACCCACGUACGCGCAUUUCAAGAAGUUGGAUUAUUUCUCCACAGAAUGCAUCUACUCACCAGACGCCUAUCGGGGCUUCGCCCGUGAAUUUAUCAAGGACUUAGAGGCCAUACGACCGCGAGCCAUUCUGGACAUAAUCAAAUCUGCGGAGGACUUUAGUUUCCAGGCAGAUGCCAAGAUGCCAACUCAGCGCACAUGUGACCGAUGCGGUUACAUCUCCAGCCAGGAGCUGUGCAAGGCGUGUGUGCUGCUGGAGGGGUUAAAUCGGGGGUUGCCCCGCCUUGGUGUGUCUCGCACUCGCAGGAAAGAUGGGCAAUACGCUGUUCCUGCUGGUGCUGAUGCUGCUGCUGGGCCUACAAAUGCUGCUUCUAAUGCCGAUCAUGCAGGCGGUUCAAUCUCAACAGCUCUUGAUUCUCAUGCUUCAACUGCCACAUAG